CGGGUGAAAACCCCUCGUGUGCCAGUCCGCACCGAGAUUCCGGCGCGAGUCGUCGUCCUUUUCCCGUCGUGGCGUCACGCCAAGUUCUAGAUGGAUGUCGCUGAUCCGCAUUACCGUGUCAGCGAUUUACGUCAUCGCGCAGCUGCUCCUCGCUCGUCCAUCCCUUGUGGCAGGACGACAAGCGUGGAAUCUAUUUGUGGGACAGACGUCGGGUCACCAUCAUGGUACGCGGGAUGCAUCAUUAUCGGACAGUCUCGAGUCCGACAAGCCACAAUUCGCCGAGGAAAUCCAGAAUGUGACAGUGAGCGUGGGACGUGAUGCUCUUUUGGCCUGCGUGGUGGACAACCUGCGAGGAUACAAGGUGGCGUGGGUGCGCGUCGACACACAAACCAUACUCUCGAUUCAUCAUAAUGUGAUCACGCAGAAUCCCCGAAUCACGCUGUCCUAUAAUGAUCACCGCUCGUGGUAUCUUCACAUAAAGGACGUGCAGGAAGUGGAUCGUGGAUGGUACAUGUGUCAGGUGAACACAGAUCCAAUGAAGAGUCGUCAGGGCUAUAUACAAGUCGUGGUACCACCGUCGAUCAUCAGCAAGGAUACUAGCACCGACAUGGUGGUCCGCGAAACCUCCAACGUGACGUUGACGUGCAAAGCGACCGGAUAUCCGGAGCCUUAUGUCAUGUGGCGGCGGGAGGAUGGCAAGAACAUAAAUUAUAAUGGCGAAAGCGUGAAUGUCGUGGACGGUGAGGUGCUGCAUAUCGUGAAGAUAAGCCGCCUUCAUAUGGGGGCUUAUUUAUGCAUAGCUUCAAACGGCGUUCCACCAUCGGUUAGCAAACGAGUCUCGCUACGCGUACAAUUUCCACCGAUGCUUUCUAUACCAAAUCAGUUGGAAGCAGCGUACAUCGGACAAGACGUUACUCUCGAGUGUCAUACCGAAGCUUAUCCUAAUUCAAUAAACUAUUGGACGACAGAACGCGGUGAUAUGAUAGUUUCUGGCAAUUCGGUUUCAGGCGACAAGUACGAGGCGGUAUCCACCGACAACGGAUACAACAAGUACAUGAUGCUGAAGAUAAGGAACGUCGGCCCGAAGGACUUCGGCUCGUACAAAUGCGUCGCCCAGAACUCGCUCGGAGGAACUGACGGCGUCAUCAAACUAGACGAGAUCCCGGCUCCAUCGACGACGUCCACGACGCAGUCGCCGUAUUACGCAACCCUUUCGACGAAGAAGAACGGUAGAAACGGUAACAAGAAAUCACGACAACGACCUAUCGACUACGAGGUCGAGGAAUGGCGAAAUCCAGACUACGAUAGAGAGUAUGGACCGUCGAUGAGGCCACCGGGUGACCUGCCGGACGCUCAGAGCCCGGGCGUGACCCAUCGAGCGCAGCUCGUCCUUCAUUUCUCGCUGAGCCUCCUGUCGUUGCUGCUCCCGGCCAUCAGAAGGUGAUUCUCACGUCGCGGGAACGGGGCUUCCAGUUCUAGUGUUUAUUGGCCGGGAAUGGCCGGUGCGCGCGCGCGGUCGAUCGCCGGUUUCCGGCGCGCCGUUUCCGGCCGAGUGACGGACGAGUGCGACGAAGCGGGCCGCGCUUGAAAUUAUUUUCAUACCAAAACUAGACUUAUACAGAGAGAGACAGAAAGAGAAAAAGAGCAAAUAUAUAUAUAAUAUAUAUAUAAAUAUAUAUAUAAAUAUGAGUAUAUAUAAAAUAUGUCAUGUAAGUAUGCAUGCGGCGAGUACGAGGCCGCGUUUAGGCUUUGCCGAUCGAUCGGCGCUGACUGUGUGUCGCCCUGUGUAUGAAUCAACGCGCGCCUUGGUUCCCCGGUGUGCGAGCGAACUUCUCGCAUAUACCCCCAUGUAUCAUCUCGAGGAUCCCUCUCCCGGCGCAGUCGAAGUAGGGAUGCUGCGGAGCGUUCACCAAGAAGAACGACUGAUCGUUCGCGAUGUCUCUCCUGCUUAUUCGGUCCCGGCCCGAGGGUGUUUUCGCGGAUUCGGAAAGUCAAGCACGAAAUCUGAGUCACCGGUCAGAACAGGAAGAUCAGGAUAGGACACGCACCUCAUUGGAAGACUCGAGACACGCCACGAGGAUCCCAAGGAUCUUCCUGCACGGCGAGGAUCUUCCGUCUCUGCUCUUCCAUGAAGCUCUCUGAUCGAAGCGGAGCGUCGAAUCCGCGAGCGGAAGCUUUGCAUCUGAUGGACGGUGAACCGCACGUGACUUGGACGGAUUGUCGGCCGGUAUGGAUCCCCGCUCAAUUUCUCCCCCUCGCACAUCCGAAAAUAUUUCGAUUCCGGCUAUCGACGUGUUCGAAGCGUUCCGAACGUUGCUUGGUCAUCCGCGAAUCGCGUUUUCCUGCCGAUAGAUUUUUUAUCCGUACACCUCAUCGGAUUCCGAUACGCCUCGCGGGGGAAAAAAAGCAAUACGUCGUGUAUCGCGUACUCUCCAUCGUGAUUCUCUGACUAAGUUAUUCGAUAACUAUUAGGUGCUAAUUUAAUUACUUCCUCCCCUCUCGUCGGGAAGAGAGAUAAAAAAAAUCCGCGAAUUCGCGUACUUUCUCGCUGCCGUUUUUUACGUUCAACGCGCGCGUUUCUCCGCCAUAUCACGAGGAAGACACGGAAACUGCAUUGAAUAAAUAUGCAUAUACGUACGCAUAAAAUGAUAAACAAGAAUAUAAAUAAACAAAUAUAUAUAGCAUAUAUAUAUAUACAUACACGUACGUACGGAUCGUAGUUGUGUCGAGACGCACCGCUCGGUAAUCUCGUAAUUAACCGUUUGAUUGGUAAGCCGCGCACGUAAUGGUGACACGACGUGUGCACGAUGCGUCUCUCAUGGCGUGGAUUAUUAAAGGAACUCAAACGGCGAGAUCCCCGCGCGAUCCCGAGUGUGUGUCUCUGGGGAAGGAAUUAACGCUAGACGUCAAGUAGCCUCGAAUCAUCGACGACGGUGACGCAGAGAGCUUCGUGGCUUCUUUUUGCGCGAUUAAACGACAUUUCGAUAGUAAACGAGAUAAAACGGUCUCCGCCGCGGUUGUGCGCGGGGCCGCGAUCAAAUUACGGUAACACAAUUCGAGAAGAGUGCGGUGUGCCCCGGUCGGACGAACGGUUGACGUUAGCGUUAACGUUAACGUCGGCCGUGGAAGUAAAUCGGAAUUUCUCACCGACACGGGCCGACACACCGAGUAGGGAAUCGCUCUGCAAACGCUUUAACCGACUCUUUGAAUCUCCUCUUACGUUGUACCUGAUCGUAUAUGAAUUGCCAUCGCCGGUUCGAUCUCGGGCGAAGCGGAUGCGAAAUGUUAUGCGCCUUUCCCCGUUAAUUCUGUAAAUAUUGUAGAUACGUUUGUGCUGUGAUCGGUCCGGGAUCGUCGUCUUUGCGAGGAUGACUCGAGGCUGCGCUUGUUAAACCGAGUGUAGAGAGAAAGAUGGGCGAGUGUUGUGAAUUAUAUUAUAUUAUAUUAUUAUUAUUAUUAUGCUGUUUGAAAAAGAGAACUAGAAUGCAUGCGUGUGUGCAACAGAGUGAUGAAAAGAGAGAGUGUGAUAAGAGAGGCGAUAUUUGAUACGGCGGAUGCCGUUCAGUAGAAUACCGAAUGAGGCUGCAGCGCGAUCGCGUAGCUACAUCUCAAAUUAAGUUAUGAUAAUGUUAUUAAUGUAUCAUGUCCGACGAUUUCACUAUGUCAAAUGAUUUUUAUGUACCACGUGCAUCGCUAGUGCGGAGACGGCACACGAAACCGACGAUUAGAUGUAGAUAUAUAGUGGAACUGUCGGCCUGUAUAUCUUAAUAAAUCGAGUAAAUGACUGCCAUUAUA